AUGCGACCACACUACGAAGAAGCCUACAACAUGCUACCCGAUCACGAGGCCGAUGAAUCUUCUGAACAAGAGCUGGAUCAGAUCAAGUCAAUACGUGUAGCGAUCCUUAUCGAGAAAGCCUCCGCCCUUUCAACGUUGGAGCAGACCGACGAAGCUUUGCAAGCAUUCAAUGAGGCGAGAAGAUUGCAGGGCGCACAACCACUCGCUGGGACCAUUCUGGACGACAUAACGCGACUCUUUCCGAAUGAGGACGAGGCCCAUAGGCUAAGGCUAAUGGAGAUCCUCAAGAGCUGGACUGAGAAGGAGCGCGAUAGCUUCUUCACGUUCAAUCUCGAGGAUUAUGUAAUGGAGCGUACGGUGAAGCGCGUGCAAAGGGCAGCGAUGCUGUGCAACGAGACCGACCUACUCAUCGGCUGGCUGAAGAGUUUAGCCAACACCCUUCCGCCACAAAGCCUACAUUUGUUCAACAUUCGAGGCGCGGUGGCAGACAUCUACUACCCAAUGUUGGGCGAUAUCGAGAACGGCAAGAGACUACGUCAGGAGCUCCUAGCUUUGAAGACAAAGCCCGAUCUUGACUAUGAAGACUCUAUGAAUGAGGCAAAGACGCGCCACCGAAUGGACCUGGCAGACAUCUUGUUCUGUGAGUUCCAGAUGACUGCUGAUCCAACGAGAAAAGAGGCCAUCAUGGGCACCUUGAGAGAUCUACCAAGCGCCCACGACAACGAUGACGACAACAAGAACAUUCGAGAAUCCCAUGUCGAUAUGCUGCGCGCAAAUAUGCUUCGGAUCAUGGGCCCUGCAAAGGAAUAUGAGAGGUACAUGAAGGAACUGUUCAAGAAGUGUGUCGCCGGUCUUGAAGACAGCAUCUCGUGGAACGACUCGUCAAGUCUGCGACUACUAGCCAAGGUCUUGGCGUCUUUGGACAGCUUAGAGUCUGAUGCAAGAAUUGCCAUCAGCGCCCAGUUUUCGAUCCUCGACUUUGCGGUCUAUGGACGUCAUCCUGAACCGGAACAGUCGGAGACACAUUCCGACGAGAGCGACAUCGAAGCUGGUGCAGAACAAGAGCUAGUGAAGGAAGAAAGCGAAACGUUUAACGAAGGCGACGUUAUUCAGAACAAUUCCCUGACGGGUGAAGCACAUGAUGCUGAAAGCGAGGAUCUUCCGGAAGAGCCGAUUGAGGAGAAGCAGGAUCCUACAGAGCCGGGAGAACAGGAUGUGCCUGAAACAGAGUCCGCCGAUCAAACGGAAUUCGAUGAGCUUGAUGAAGACGUGUUUCUAGGUGGAGGUCUUGGCUGCGACGGGCCAUGCGAGACGAACAUCUCAUCGUGGACUCAGCCAAUCUACUACUGCCUCAUUUGUCCCAACUGCGAUUUGUGCGAAGAUUGCCACUCCAAGCGCGUCCAGCAAACGAAGGGAGCCGAACCGACAGAAGAAAGGACCGACGAGCCGUGGCUGAGCUUUUGCGGCGCAAAUCACCGCUACAUCAAAGGGCCGAUGAAGGAUUGGAAGGGCGUCAAGAAUGGCGUUAUCCGGUAUGCGGAUACGGAGAUCACCGUGGCGGAAUGGCUUCGGGGGCUCAAGGAGGAACGUUGGCCGAAUGCUUGGAAGAUCUUUUGGACGAGGCAAGGAGGGUUGAAGGAUAUCGGGGUUGAAGAUUGA